AUGCCAAAUUAUGACUUUGAGGAAUCUGAAGAUUUAGAUGAAAUAGAAGAAGUAAGCUCGUAUCAACAAACAAUGGAAGAAUCAGAAAUUUCUGAUGAUUUUGACUACGAUGCUGAAGAGAAAGAUUUUAAAUCUACAGUUUUAAGACUUAAACUUAAAGCCGAAGAUAAUCUUACACUUAAAUACUACAUUAUAUUUUUAUGCACAUUUCUCUUUCUAAUUUUCGGCAUUAUUUUCUGGAAAACUGAUAUUGAAGUUAAAGAAAAGGAAGGCACUUUGUAUAGCGUAAAACUUGGUCUGAUUUUUUUAAACUUAUUUGUAUCCUCUGUUGCUUUUUUAGUAUUAAGUUUUAUACUUAUGUCUACACCAUUCUUUUACAUAUGUGAAUUAUCUGAACACAUUUCUUUAGCAUGUGUUUGUUUAGUGUAUAUUUUUUACUUUUUAUUAAAUAAAUCAAACUACUGUAUACAACACAAUCAAGGAGUAGAAAUUUACAUUGGAGAUAUUUUAAAUAUUCUUUUAGUAUCUAUUUUUUUAUUUGCGGGGCUUAAACUUUGGUCACAGAGUAUUGGUGUAAAUUUUAAUUAUAGUAUUUAUAUUGAUAGAAUUAGGAGAUGCAUAGUAGAAGAAGUAUUUUUAAAUAUGUUUCGUAGAAAGAAUAAACCUAAAAAGAUUCAUUACCUUAUAAAGACCUUUGUAUUAGAUAAAGAAAUGGACAUAUUUAAAAGGAGACUACUUUUUAAAGAAUUCCAAAAAAGUUAUAAAAUUUCAGAGAAAAGUCGUAAAAAAGAAAAAUAUAAAGAAUUUGCAUUUAAAAAGGCAAAUAGCUUGCAUUUUAGAGCCUUGACUAAUUAUAAAAUAACUUAUGUUGGAGAUAUUAGUAGAAUGCUUAAUCAGUAUAUAAAUAGUGAGAAUGCAGAUAAAAAUGAAUUGGAUAGAAAUUACAAUACACAAAAUACAGAAGGUAAAUCAUUACUAGUGGAUAAGUUUAUAAAGAUUCUAGAUCUUCCAUCAAAAUACAGGUUAGAUGGUAAAGGCUUUUAUAAAAUUAUUAAAAGGGUAGAUAAAGAGAAAUAUAUUCUUAGUAAAAAUCUGGAGCAAAUGAGUGCUGCCUUGGAUCGUGUAUGUGUUUUUAUGAAAUUUCUUAUAAUUAUUAUAGCCAUUCUAAUGUUGUAUAUAAAAGUAUCUAAAGAACUUGCUUCUACUGCAGGUGUAAUUUCUGCCAUAUUUGGUACACAGAUAAUUUCUAAUUCUUUCUCUUCUAAUGCUAUAAACAGCCUUAUUUUUUUAUUUAUUAUACAUCCAUAUGAUAUUGGUGAUAGAAUAUUUGUAAGUUUAGAUAAUUGCAUUGAAAAUUUAGUAGUUUCUGAAUUGAAUGUAUUUUCUACUGUUUUUCAAAGAUGGAAUGGUACAUGUGUUUAUGUUCCUAAUUCACUAUUAAGUACUAAAUUAAUAACGAAUAUAAGAAGAAGUGGAAUUAUAGCAGAUUCACAUAAAAUACAGAUUAAUGCUAGAACAGACCAGAGCAAAUUACUUAGUCUUAAAAGUACUAUUGAAGCCUUUUUAAAGAAACACAAAGAAGAUUUCACUGAUUAUUGUAUGGUAAAUUACGAAUCUAUAGAGAAUAGUAAUAAGCUACAUAUGAAAGUAUAUAUGCAAUAUAAAACGAACAGUCAAAAUUACGAAUUAUAUCUAAAAAGAAAAACCAACUUUCUUUCAUUCCUGAAUAGGUCUUUGCAAGUUCUUGAAAUUGAAUAUUGUUUGCCACCUCAGAGAGUAGUUUUAAAAAAAUAA